AUGGGCCAAUUGUGUAUUGAGAAACCAAAAUAAAAACACUCAGAAGAUAAUCUAAGAGAACUUAAUCAAUAACCAUAAAAUUAACCUUAAACAUAAGAAUCAUCACUUUCAAAUCCAAAUUAGGCAGAAUUGGAAGCAAAAGAAAAAAUUUAAGUUCAAUUGCUUGAUUCUGUGAACACUCAUUAAAGUUAAUCUAUUCAUGAUGUUUAUAAAUUACUCUCUCCUCCUUUAGGAAGCGGUAAAGUUAUAUUAAUCGCAGGUUCGUAUGCUGAGGUGCGUAAAGGCGUACACAAGGUGUUGGGUAUUACAAGAGCAAUAAAAAUCAUUUCUAAAUCAGAAGCCACAAACGAAGAGGUUUCUAGAGUCUUGCAUGAAGCAGAAAUACUUAAAUAGUUGGUAUGAAACAUUUAAUUUAGGAUCACCCGAAUAUAGUAAAAAUUUUAGAGAUAUAUUAAAAUUCUGAAUAAAUUUUCAUUGUGACUGAGUUAUAUACUGGUGGUGAGUUAUUCGAUGCCAUAGUGGAAUUUCAACAUUUUUCAGAGAAGGAUGCAGCAAAAUUAAUCAAAUAAGUGUUGUUGGGCUUAAAUUAUUGUCAUCAACAUAAAAUUGUGCAUAGAGAUAUUAAACCAGAAAAUAUAGUGUUUGAAAGCAAAGAUAAAAAGGGAACGAUUAAAAUUAUAGACUUCGGAACAUCAAGGAUAUUCGAGCCUCAUAAAAAGAUGAAUUAAAAAAUAGGAACGGUAACUCUUUUUUUUUCUCUUUAGCCCUAUUAUAUAGCGCCCGAAGUCUUAAAAAAAAAAUAUAAUGAAAAAUGUGAUAUCUGGUCAUGUGGAGUUUUGGCAUAUAUUUUAUUAUGCGGUUAUCCUCCAUUUAAUGGAAAAACUGAUGCUAAGAUUUUCGAAAAAGUAGAAUAAGGAAAAUAUGAAUUUAAGUCAGAAGAAUGGGACAUUAUUACAGAAGAAGCAAAGGAUUUUAUUUCUAAGUUGAUGGAAAUCGAUCCUAUUAAAAGGUAUACUGCUGAAUAAGCACUUAACCAUCCUUGGAUUUCAAAAUAAAGUGAUGAUUCCUAAACCCAAUUGCCUUAAAUUGACAGGGCUAUAAAGAACAUGAAAACCUUUAAAGUAAAAAAUAUAUUUAAUUUUAUGCUUAGUCAACUAAAUAACUCUAAUCUGCAAUAUAUUAGUACAUAGUGAAUUAAUUUUCAUCUUAGGAAGAUAAAUCAGAAUUAUUGAGAACUUUUAAAGCCCUAGACUCUAACAAUGAUGGUUAGUUAAGUAGAUAAGAACUGCUUAUUGGAUUAAGAAAGGUUAUGAGUGAAUAAUAAGCAAUAGAUGAAGUUGAUAGGAUAAUGAGAGAAAUUGAUCAAAACAAUUCAGGAACUAUUGAUUAUUCUGAAUUUGUAGCUGCAACGAUUAAUAGGUCAAAACUAUUAUCUCAAGAUAGGUUAGCGAAAACAUUUAAGGCUAUUGAUAAAGUAUAAUAGAAACUUAUGAUAGGAUGGGAAUGGUUCAAUAAAUAUAGAUGAAUUGAAAUAAAUUUUUGGAAAUGGAUUAGUUUCUGAUGAAAUUUGGAAGUAAAUCAUGCAUGAAGUAAAUGACAAAGAAGAGAUAACAUUCUAAGAAUUCUCUGGUUUAAUGUUGAAUUUGGCAUUUUGA